AUGGCUCCGGCCCCAAAGACUUCUCCGGCCCCAAAGACUGCUCCGACCCCAAAAAAGACCUCGCCGCAAUCUCCACGUUCGAGCUCCUCCUCACCACCACCUACUACUCGACCGCCUUCUCCUAAAUCACGGCCACCACCUUCCCCUUCUGAUUCAUUAUCACCUAAAAACAGUAGAGGAUAUUCACCUCCAUCAGAAACAUCAUCUACCCCCAGCCCUCCUAAGGUUCGUCCAACACGUGGCAAUGCUUCUAACAAAUCACCUUCAAGUCCUUCCAGCAAGUUAAACAAUCCUUCAAGCCGAAAAUCACCCUCUAAAUCAUUCACCGACUCCUACUCGAUAUCAAAUUCUACUACAAACAGUAGUCUAACAAUCAUUGGUGGAAUAGCGGCAGCUGCCGCCAUUUUGCUGUUUCUUGCUAUCGUCAUUGUUUGUGUUCUAUGCAACAGGAAAAAGAAGAAACCUUACUAUCUUCCUGAAGAACCCCCAGGAGUAGGUGGAGGUGGACCAUACUACAAUGGUAAAGCGGACCAUGUGGUCAAAUUCGGCACUGGUGGCGGCACUUGGGGACAGCCACCAACAAUGAACACUGGUAAUGAAUUCCGAGGGUCUAAAUUGUCAGUGGUAUCCCCGAACAUGCCUCUAGCAUUCAGCAAGAGCCAAUUCUCAUAUGAUGAAUUAGCCGCUGCCACUGGAGGGUUUUCCCAAUUCAAUCUUUUGGGACAAGGGGGUUUCGGGUAUGUGAACAAAGGGGUGUUGCCUAAUGGGAAGGAGGUCGCUGUAAAGAGCUUAAAAGCAGGCAGUGGACAAGGUGAGCGAGAGUUUCAGGCAGAGGUUGAGAUCAUUAGUAGGGUCCACCAUCGCUAUCUUGUUUCACUUGUCGGAUAUUGUAUUAGUGACGAACAAAGAAUGCUUGUCUAUGAGUAUGUUCCUAAUAAGACCUUGGAGUUCCAUCUUCACGGAAAGGGUCCUGUCAUGGAUUGGCGAACUAGAGUGCAUAUUGCACUUGGAUCUGCCAAAGGACUUGCUUAUCUCCAUGAAGAUUGUCAUCCUUCAAUCAUCCAUAGGGACAUCAAAUCUGCCAACAUUCUCCUUGACCAUAAUUAUGAAGCAAAGGUUGCUGAUUUUGGAUUGGCUAAACUAACUUCUGCAAAUGACACUCAUGUCUCAACUCGCGUGAUGGGGACCUUCGGGUACUUAGCUCCAGAGUAUGCUUCGAGUGGGAAGCUAACGGAGAAGUCUGAUGUUUUCUCAUUUGGGGUCAUGUUGUUGGAGAUAUUGACAGGAAGGAAGCCCGUUGAUCCCUCAAGUGACGACAUGGAUGACAGUUUGGUAGAUUGGGCGAAGCCACUGAUCGCCAAUGCGAAGAAAGAUGGAGACUACAGCAAGCUCGUGGACCCACACUUGGAAGGUAACUAUGAUAACGACGAGAUGGCACGAAUGGCUUCUUGUGCUGCUGCUGGUGUCCGUCAUUCUGCUAAGAGGCGUCCCAAGAUGAGCCAGAUUGUGCGUGUGUUGGAAGGGGUUGCAUCGUUAGAUAGCCUGGACAAGAAGGCUACAAGCCGAGGCUCCAUUUUGGACAGCAGCAAUGAGUUAAGAGAUUACGACGCAAUGACCUACAACGAUGACAUGAUGAAGUUCGGGACGGGAAGUUCUGGAGCCCCGAGAUAAACACUGUAAAACUUAUGUUUUUAGGAGAGUCGUUAAUUAAGGGCAAGGAAAGGGGUUAGUGAUAGCUACGUACGAGUUGAUUUUUCAAAAUUGACAUUAAAGAAUGUACCAUUUGUAGUUGGGAGAUUAUUCCUCCGAGGAAAUCAAGUCACUUAGUA